GAGACCUGUAUGGUCAAGCCUGAAUGAGCCUGUGUGCUAUAAUUCCUCGUAUGGAGUUUGAUACGGGCCGUUCAACCGAAUCUCAGAUUUGGUCUACAGCUUUCCGUCAAGUUUCUGACAUAGCUUGGGAUAUUUUAUCAUCCCAAAGAUCAAGGACAAACAUCAGUUCUGUACUGUCUGAAGAAAGGUUACAAGAAGUUGCUGAAAGGAUAUAUUACCUUUCCUCUGAUUCGUUAUUACCAGCUCAAUAUGGGGUUUGUAAUGGCCGAGAUCUUUGUGAGUCCUCCAGGGAGGAUUUAGGAGGAAGUAAACUGCUGGACUUGCAGCACAGCUGUGACUCUGUGGAGACAUGUUAUAUUGAUGGAUGGAGCUAUGCUCACAAUUUGAAUACCACCCUAAAUAAAGGAUUGUAUGAGGUCCCCGAGCAAUAUGCCGCACAUGCUGUGAGUGGGGUGCGACGACCUACACAAUGUGUAGGGAGAUUGACAGCUUUGACGGGUCGAAACAUCUCAUCAACGGAUUCGCAUGACUUGCUUACACUUGCACACACUGUGAGCUGGCCACAAAUAGACUAUUGUCCUUCCCAUUGUGUCUUUUGGCUGAAUCUGUUGUAUCCACUGUUUGAAUUAAACGAGAGGCAAGCCUCUACUCCCAUUGUCCCUACCCGGCCAGUAAUGGCUGGUCUAGCGGAGUCUUGUCGCCCAGUUCGUGCUGAAGGUGGGAUACCUUUGUAUGGACAAAGGGAUUCAUCAUUCGAUAGGCAUCUGAGGGAUGUUGGUCUGAUCAGUGUGGAUGGAUCCGUGGAUGAUAUGGUGUUAGAACAUCUUUACCAACUGUGUUCGCAACAUAACUUGAUUCAGUUCUAUCAAGAGCUGCACUCCCAGUAUAUGUUUGAGUUGUACCUUUGGUUGUACGUCAGAAUAUGUGUGGACAGGAAGAUGCAGAAAGUUCAGCAGAAGCUGGAGAUCAUUUCUCGCAUAUUGGGCCAGCCAGUUGAAUGUGUACUGAGAUCCACUCUCACCAGCUUUGUUCAGAAGCUGGUGUCAAAACAAAAACAUUUGGUAGACUCGGCAUUGAUCUUGCUGAGACAAGUUGACAUAGGGGAGGUAACUCCCAUGCUGGCCUCUCACUUAAGAGACCUUGCAAGAACCACAAAUAUUCAGCUGGAUUCAAAGCGACUGCAGCGUAAAUUCAGCAGGGAUGUGGCCAUUACAGCCAGGAGGAUACUGAUGGAAUAUCAGAACGGAUUAGUGUCGAAAUUUUCCAGCCCUGGAACUAGACGGAGGACAACUCGUGAACGCAACACAUUACGGCAGUCAGAAUCUCCUGAACGCCGGGCCUUCCAACCCCCUGUGUUGACAGGGAGACAACUCCAUCCUGCGGCCGUCCUGCCUGGCCAGUCCCCCCAGCAUCCCGUCGUCAUUGAUGUAGAUCAGGUUCAAGUGUCUGCACCUGUUACCAUGACGCCAUAUGCCAUCCCUGUGUGCACCGGUCCACAUCAUAUGCCCGUGUGUAGUGCCGCACACAUGCAGAUGUGCAACACGCAGCCAACAUGGUCCAUUCCUGCAUGUACGGUGCAGCUGCCGUCGUGCAGCAUGCAGCACAUUCCAGCGUGCAGUCUGCAGCAGAUGCCGGUUCCACAUACAAUACCACCGAUACUGCACCACACGCACCACCCACCCCCUCACCAUCCGAUGCCACACCACCAUGGCUUGACGCACGCUGGACAUGCACAGUUUCCUCAUGUCCCACAACCUCAGAUGCGGGAUGAAGACGUGCAAAUUAUUGCAGAACACCGGCCACACUACCCCAUCCCCCCUAGUAUUCACCCUGGGGCGACACUUAACCCCUCCCCUCCAGUCAUUUUACAAGAGCCAGUUGUGCACCCAACACCGCAUGAUAUAUAUAUGGGUCCAUAUCAGCUCUAUUACGCAAGAAGAGCUGCAGGACGCAGUCGGUUACGUGGAUCACUACCACCACCACCACCUCCCUACCCAGGAUUCCUUCUUCACUUCCUAGCCAUGUUGGGUAACCCCCCUGUGCCUCCUUACGGCCGAGAUCCCCCAGAUGAGGCGACGGAGGAAAACUACGAGGUAGGUGCCCUGUUGAGUUUAGCUGAGAGACUGGGAGAGGCCAAACCGAGAGGUCUUUCUAAGGCCGACAUCAAACAACUACCUGCAUACUACUUCAACAGUGAAACACCUCGCUCCGACCUGGACCAGACAUCGUGUGUGGUGUGCAUGUGUGACUUCGAGAGUCGCCAGCUCCUGAGGGUGCUUCCGUGUGGCCACGAGUUCCACACGAAAUGUGUAGACAAAUGGCUCAAGACCAACCGAACCUGCCCUAUAUGCCGAGCCGAUGCCACGGACAUGGCCGGGAACCACUCAGAAUAACACUGUCCGCCAACUGGCAGGUGGCGCCACUGUCACCAACUCUUCAAUGGAAACAAGAACAAGCGUUGUGGGAAAAGACAAAUGUGCAAACUCUAGCAUAAAAACUAUAGAAUUUGUACAUAGCCACAAAUCUCUUUCUCUCCUCUGUCAGCUCUGAAUCUAUCAAAACUCAUUACCUCAACGUAUUGUGUGCGGAGCUGUAUAUAAAGCUUGUGCUUGGCCGUAGAUAGCUUGCAGACAGAUGUCAAGUUUAUACCAAGGAGAAAUACAUCAUUGGUUGGACUGAGGCAAUUCAGGGAAAAACUGUGACUCUGCUCUGAUUGUCGAGGAGACAGACCUGUUCAAAGCCACACCCACACUGUUUGUGAAUACCUUGAACUUUGCAAGGAGUGAACAUAUUUUGGAGACUUUGUGUGAGAAUGGACAACUUCCCUGGGCAAGGAAUGGGUGGAUUUUGUCUGCUUGCAUUGGUGCUGUAAAAAUGCUUUGUCGCUCAAUUUUUGUUUGUGUAAAUUGUCGCACACGAUAUUUCUCGGCCAGUUUUCAGAUAGUCGAUGUAUGCAAGAGUAAUAACAAGUGUAUAAAUCUCAUAGUAUUUUCCUACCUGUAGUAUUUUGAAGAUUCAUCACAUGCUCAAGGAAGGUUAUUGAAAUAAUUCAGAUUUAUAACACUUUUUGUUAUGCAUAUGCGCAAUUGAAAUAAACAUAAUAAUUCCCAUCUAUUAAUUUUAUCAUCUCUCAGUGAUGACGCUCCAGGACUCUCAAAUAUGGUACAUAAUAUUUGUCUGAGCAAAUGUAAUCUACGCAGCCAACACGUCAAAAUAUGAAAUACCAUACACACAAGUUCAGGUGUAUGUUGGUAUCAAGACUUUCUGAAUCAUUCAGUAAUACUAGAGGUAAAGUAAUUUGAAAUGUAAGGUUUCAGCAAAUAACAAAAACCUAUAGAUUUCAUUUGUUGAAUAUUUCAGUGGAAUUCAUUACUCAAUUAUGGUUGUGGAAGCCCUGCUCAUCAUCAAGUGUCUUCUGAGGCAAACAGAUCUGCAUUUACCUUGACAGGAAUCUGUCAGCUCAUAGCUUAAACUAUCUAACGAACAUUGUUGAAAAAAGAUUAUGAAUAUGGCAUAUGCAGUUUAGCAUUGAGACCAUGGGUUAAGACCAUAUUUGCCUUAAUGUUCAGAGAUGUAAUCACUUUCAUUGGUUUACCUUCAAAAUAAGUCAUGUAUAGAUAUUUUCUGUAAUUCUUUCAAAGUCAUGGCAUAUUCAGGAAUGUUGAAUACUUUUUCUCUUUUUUUUCCAAGCUUUUUGCAUAAUUUAUCAGCAUUUUCAUGCUACAUCUACAGCAGUGCACUUUUUUGCGUUACAGCUUUGAAGAUAUAUUUGUUGAAUUGUCUUCACUGUUUCUUGUAUUUUUGCAAUUUAUACCUCAAUACAAAAGUUUUCAAAGAAAUUCAUUUGAUUUCAGUUAUUAUUCUGGUCUAUUUUAUUCAGAAUUUUUAUCCUAAAUACGCAAAAAAUAUAUAAAAAUGUUAUUGGUUGAACAAGAUUAAGUUGGGUUUCUCUACUGUAUUUUGGAAAGUUUGGUAUCAGUCAUGAACAGAAUUAUUUUGCCUUAUGCAAUUAUUUCAUUAAAGAAAAAAUUACAAGACUAAUUAUUGUCAACCAUUUUUAUAUUGAGGUAGUUUAUCUAUAGGAAAGACAUGUUUCCACAUUUAAACUUGUGGCUAUUACUGUUUUUUCUGGAACCUUUAUCUUGAAUCAGACUUGAAAUUAGAGUACAACUUUGUCAAGGAUCUUUUCUGCAAUAUAUAAUCUCUCUCCUCACCUAAUCUUGUCUUGUAUGAACUAUAAAUAUAAUUAAACAUUUCACAUAAUUUUGAAGUAGGAUAAUUAGAAUAUGUAUGUCUUCUUUAAGUUCAUUACAGUUAUGAUUACACAAAGUUCCCACUGUUUAAGCUAUUCUUCCAUGUUAUGCAAAAUGUUAAAUUUCACUCUUGAAGUUUGACAAUAUAUAUAGAUAUAUAUAUAUAAACUUUCCCACUCUAUGCGACAUUGCAUAUAUUUUGCAGUCUGUUUCUACUGACUAACUGUUCGUUGUUUUUGUGUUGAUCACAAAUAAUAUUCUGUUCUGAUCUUGAGCAUUAUAGAGAUCCAAUUGGUGAAACAGGAAGUGGUACGGGUUUUGCUAUGAAGGCCAGAUUCAGUCAGUACUUGAUGUUUCCAAGCAGUAAGUCACAGUUAAAUCAAAUGUCUCUUCACACAGGGUACACAGACUGAAAGUUCCCCGACGGAACUCGGAAGAGCCUUGUAGCAAUCCCAAUAUGAUCUACCUCUGCUUAUUUCUAUAUUAUACAAAUGCCUUUUUCUCCAAUAUAAAAUUCCAAAUGUUCUGUGCUUUGUGAAUGUCUCAGAAUUAUGAAUUGUUUUUGUAAGGAAACAAACAUUGUUUUCAGUAUAUAUCAAAUGUUGUAAAUGAAUGCAGAAGAUGCAACUCACUUUCAAAGUGUACCUUUCAAAAUAUAUGGCAAUAAACCAUAAAGACAA